AUGACGCUGGAACACGCUGCGCCGGACGCGCUCACUCGCCUCAAAGUGAAGGAUCUGCAGCGAGAGCUCAAGAAACGCGGUCUGGACGCAAGUGGGUUGAAAGCGGUGCUGCUUCAGCGUCUGAAAGAGCACGUGCAGCAGGAUGAGGUCUUGAAGCUGCAAGAGAAGGGGGAACUUGAGCAUGAGAAAAUGGGGAAGGAGGAGGAGGAAGUGAAGGAGGAAAAUGAGGAGAUGAAAGUGGUGGACGAGAAAGUUGUGGUGGAGGAUAGACAGGAACGGGAAGGAAUGGAGGAGGAGGAAAAGGAUAAAGAGAAUGUGGAGGAAGAGCAGAUGCAGCAAGAGGUAGAUGAAGAGGAAAGGACAAAGGCAUCGGAUUGCCAAGAGAAUGAAGACAUAGGUAUGGAAGGCAGUGGGGAGCAGCAGGAUGAGGCACUAGAGGUGGAGAGCGAUGGAGAGGGCGGAAAGAGUGCAGAGACAGGAGUGUUGAAACGACACCGGGGUGCUGACAACGAUCAGAACGAUUCAUCGGGUACAAAAAAGGCCAAGCUGGAUGAUGAUUUCGAGACCAGCGGUCAGCAGCUUAAAAAGGAAGAUCAGAGCAAAACGACAAUGCCGCUCGAUGAUACCGAGGCUGAUGAAAAAGUGGUAGACGGAUGUGGUCGAGGAGACGAUGGAAACAAGACAACAAUUCGGAUUGACAACUUUGUCCGGCCGUUCACGUUAAAUGCUGUCAAGGCGCUCGUGCGAGAAUGUGGUCCCUUUGUGGAAGGUGGCUUCUGGAUGGAUGCGAUCAAGACGCACUGCUUCGUGACGUACACCAGCUCCGAAAUUGCAGAAAGUAGUAUCGCUGCACUCGACGGUAAAUUGUGGCCUCCAGAAAAUGGGCGGUCGCUCAAGGUCAAGUUCGUAGACCAUACAGCCAUGGAGGUUGCACAGCUCGGCGAGGCAAACAUUCCGAGUCAACCAAAACGUGGAAGUAGCAGCGAACAAGCUCCUCAGCGGCCGGAGGUGACGAUCGACGAGUUUUUUCAAAAGACAGAAACAAAACCUGUGCUGUACUACUUGCCACUUACUGACGAGCAAAUAAAGCAAAAGAAAGAGCGUCGGGGUCAGAAACCGGAGGGUCAGCCACGCAAACGUCGCCAUCGCGGCGGUCGCAAGAGAAACAGACGUGCCCGUUUCCAGCGGCGCUAG